AUGCUUGCUGAUAUUUUCCCUUUCUUUCUUUUUUUUCUUUCUUUCUUUCUUUCUUUCUUUCUUUCUUUCUUUCUUUCUUUCUUUCUUAUUCAUUGUUUCUUUCUUUUUUCAUUUCAAAUAUUUUCUUUUCUUUCUUUCUCUCUGUGUUUCAUUAUGUUUUCUUUCAUUCUUUCUUUCCUUCUUUCUUUCUGCCCUUCUUUCUUUCUUUUUUCUUUCCUUCCUUCUUUCUUUCUUUCCUUCAUUCUUUCUUUCCUUCUUCCUUUCUUUCUUUCUUUCUUUCUUUUUUCUUUCUUUCCUUCUUUCUUUCCUUCUUUCUUUCUUUCUCUUAAUGCUUCAGUUGUUAUCUUUUCUUUCUUUCGUUUUUUUCUUUUCUUUCUUUCUUAUUGUUUUUCCUUCUUUAAUUUCUUUAUUUCUUUCUUCUUUCCUCCUUUGUCCUUUUCAUUCUCCUCGAUUAACGCCAACUAUGUUUGUUUUUCUUUCUUCCUCUUUUCUUUCUUCAGGUUUCAAUCAACGUUUUUUUUUUUUGUUUUUUUUUUGACUUUACAUGAUAUUUUCCUUUCGCAGCAGGAGCAGCAGCAGCUUUGGCUAAACAAAACAUACCUUCGCUUCUUUCUUGUUUUCGUUCGUUCUUCUUUCUUUCUUUCUUUCUUUCUUUCUUUCUUUCUUUCUUUUCUUCUUUCUUUCUUUCUUUCUUCCUUUCUUUCACCUGAUACCUUUUAUUUCUUUUUUCUAUCUAUCUAUCUAUCUAUCUAUCUAUCUAUGUAUUUUUUCGUUUCUUUCUUCCUUCAUUCAUACCUUCUCCUUCCUUUAUUCCUUCCUUCCUUCCUUUUUAUUCUUUCCUUGUCUAUUUUCCUUUCCUCUCUUUCUUUAAUCGUUCCAGUUUUUCGUUUCUUCCUUCCUUCAUUCAUACCUUCUCCUUCCUUUCUUCCUUCCUACCUUCCUUCCUUCCUUCUUUUCUUUCCUUUCUCCCUUCAAUCUUUCGUUCUUCAUUUCUUCCUGCUUGUAUCAUAUUCUUUCUUUCUUUCUUUCUUUCUUUCUUUCUUUCUUUCUUCAUUCAUUCAUUGUACUCCUUUGCUUCCUACCUUCAUGCAUUAA